UGGCAAUCUUAUUUUGAUGAAUAAAAAUGGCAAAUUUUUUUGAUAAACAACGUCAUACAAUAGCCACAAGAAGUAAUAAAACACCCAAUUCCUAGCUACAACGCAGAAUCAACAGAGAAAAUACUUGCCAGUCCCCACUCGGUAACUGUUGCAUAAUCGAGGAGUUAAUGUUGACACGGGAUGUACUGAUGAUGAUAAAUAAUUCUUGUAGGUAGGCAUCAAUCCGAGGAAAAUAUCCGCUGUCCAAUUUCAAUGGCGUCCAAAACUAUCUUCAUCCUUCUUUUCAACUUCCUUUCCUCUCAAUUAUUGCACUUCUCUGAAGCAGAAACUUGGGUUAAAGCUGGCUACUGGUACGCUUAUGGUGAAUUCCCCGUACAGGACAUAGAUUCUGCGUUGUUCACUCAUCUUUUGUGCGCUUUUGCUGAAGUAAACCCUUCAACAUAUCAGCUCUUUAUCCCCUCUGCCUCUGAACAAGACUUCUCAACCUUUACAAGUAUCGUCAAGCGUAAAAACCCAUCUGUUAAAACGCUGUUGUCCGUCUGGAAUGGGAUAUCUGAAACGGGAAAAUCCAUAACUGGUGAAAAGGUAAACGACUCAGUAUUAUCUUCAAUGAUCUCAGAAUCUUCUAAAAGGAAGUCCUUCAUUGAUUCCUCAAUGAAAACAGCUAGGCGCUAUGGUUUUCAUGGAAUAGACUUGAGCUGGCCAUAAACAGA